AUCGUUCCAGCUGAACCUUGACCGCGGCGCAGCUCGCGCAGCUCGACGUUGGCUGUCACUUUUGUCAGCAUCCCUCGACAGCAGGCCAACGUUUUGAUCUGCAUGUUGACGUGCUGACGCAUCUCCCGGUCGGCCAAGGGCUAUCGCGCCGCGCCGCUCUGUCGACGCAUACCGAGUCUAAGGAUAAUAAGGGGAGGUCUCGAGCGGGGCAUAGACGAAGAUACCUCCCGCUUUACUUACCAGUACCAGCAAGACUUCAUGUCACCUUCUCUGAGCGUUAUCCUCUGGGGAGUCCCGAAGCCUACGGACGGUCCCAGCCCCUCUGGUUUCUGCCAAAAGCUCGAAGCCUACCUCCGCUGGGCCUCCGUCUCCUACACCCACGGCUCCGAACCCAAUCCCGGCAAGGCACCCAAAGGCAAAGUUCCCUUUGCUGAUGUCACCCUCGACGGCAAAACCGAGCGCCUCUCCGACUCGACCUUCAUUAUCCGACACCUCAUCGCUAAGGGCUCCGCCGCCGACCCCGACGUGGACGCAGGCCUCACAGCCGUGCGGCGUGCCGAUUCGCGGGCAUGGCAAGCCUGGCUCGAGGAGCUCAUCUAUCCUGCGGUCGUCACUGAGCGGUGGGUCGUUGAUGCCAACUGGGCUACUACCAAGCAAGAGGUCUUUGGCUCGAUGUCGUGGCCCCUGCGCGUCUUCUUGCCCUGGAUGCUCCGGCGGCGCAUUACGGGGCUCAUGUGGGCGCAAGGCGUGGGACGGCACUCGCAGGCGGAGCGUGAGGUGAUUGUCGCCGAGUUCGUCGACGCGCUCGAGGCAAAGCUCAGCGCGAGCAGCGGGCCGUACUUCCAUGGCGAGAAGAUGUCAAUGUUCGAUAUCACCGCUGCGAGCUUCAUCGCAAAUAGUCUCGGGACGAAGGGCAACCCAUAUUUCGCAGGGCUGGUUCUCAAGAGUCCUACACUCGUGUCGUUCGCAAGGAGGGUCAACGGAGAGCUGUUCCCGGAGUACAAAAAUGUUCUAAACCUUCUCGAUGACGCACAGGGCGAGUUGCAGAAGAAGGCUGUAUAGAGCCUCGGGUUCAAGUGGAAGCAGGACGAGUGGUGGAGUAAUAUUGUAAACAUGUCAGUCUUCCUGAUGUAUCCUGCUAUUAACACCCCCUUUCAUAUCUCCGUUCUUUCCUCAUGCACGUUGAUCGAUGACACACUCAGACCAUCUGUCACCAAUUUCGGUCUGAAUAAAGGACCUCCCGUAUUUGCCCGUAUCAUGGACGAUGCCGUAUUGACGCGCGUCCACUUGGCCAUCAUCACCGUGCUAUACGCGUCGGAACAACUUGGGAAAAUUGCAGCGCCGCAGCUUGCGUGGCAAAUCACGACCUCCUUGAGUUUGUCGUAUCACCUUGUCUCUUGCUGCGUGGCCUCUUGAGAAAUGAGCGUUUAGUGAGAAGACUAACUAAUUCCCUGGCCGAUCACAUAGCGCUGAGUUCUUCCGAAGGCGCGUAUUACAGUGGCUAUAAAGGAAUUGUGAUGAGGAAAAUGGCUUGACAACGUCAUUAAUCACCCCACUGUGUCUCAGGUCAAGGUACGGCCAUAACCCAGCAUGACAUCGCCUCAUGUGACCGUUCGUCUUUGGCCCGGGCCUAUUCGGUUUCUGCCAAAAGCUGGAAGCUUUCCUACGGUUCUCCUCGGUGUCCUACGAGCACGGCACCCUUUUCAAUACUAGCAAAUUGCCCAAGGGCAAGAUUCCCUAUGUCGACGUCACCCUCGACGGCAACACAACAUCUCCGACUCGACGUUCAUCAUCCGCCACCUCAUCGACAUAUGCGGCGUCGCAGACCCCGAGACACAUCUCACCACCGUGCAGCGUGCGGACUCGAGGACGUGGUAGGCCUGGCUGGAAGAGCUCAUCUACCCGUCCAUCGUCACCGAGCGCUUAAUUCCUGACGAGAACUACGCCAUCACUAUAGCUGAGACCUUUGGCUCUCUUCCGUUGCCGAUGCGCACCAUCCUCGCCUGGUUCAUCCGCCGGCGCGUCAAGGCGGAGCGAAACGGGAUCGUCGCCGAGUUCGUCCGCUCGAGGCGAGGCUGAGUGCGAGCGGCGGUCCGUUCUUCCACGGGGAAACGAUGUCGAUGUUCGAUAUCACAGCUGCGAGCUUCAUCGCGAACAGUCUCGGAACGACGGGGAACCCCUACUUCGCAGGGCUGGUGCUCAAGAGCUCGGCACUUGUGUCACAUGCGCGCAGGAUCAACGGCGAGCUGUUCCCGGAGUUCGAAGGCGUGUUGAACAUUCUUGACGAUGCGCAGAGCGAAUUGCAGAAGAAGGCUGUGUGGUCGGCGAAGGAAGCGGGCGGGAUGAUGUCAACCUUCGUACUCUCGUGCUCAAAUUUUCUCCGCAAUCUUGAGUAGCUGAGGAUCCUGAAACCCUCAUAUGCCUUGCACUAUAGGAUACGAUCAUGUUGC